UCUAUGGUCUUCUUGCUUUGCAGGCGGGACGAUGUCUGGGGAACUGCCAUUGCACAUCAACAUCGAGGAACCUCGAUGGGAUCAGAGCACGUUUGUGGGGCGAGCCAGUCACUUCUUCACCGUGACGGAUCCCAGGAACAUCCUGUUAACGGAUGAGCAACUAGAGAACGCAAAGAGAAUAGUCCAUGAUUACAGACAAGGAGUUGUCCCUCCGGGUCUUACAGAGAACGAGCUAUGGAGAGCCAAGUACGUGUACGAGUCUGCCUUCCACCCUGACACUGGGGAGAAGAUGAUCCUGAUCGGGCGGAUGUCGGCCCAGGUGCCCAUGAACAUGACCAUCACCGGGUGCAUGAUGACCUUCUAUAGGACCACACCAGCUGUCCUGUUCUGGCAGUGGAUCAACCAGUCCUUCAACGCCAUCGUCAAUUACACCAACAGAAGUGGGGAUGCCCCUCUCACUAUGAGUGAGUUGGGAACAGCUUAUGUUUCUGCAACCACAGGGGCUGUGGCCACAGCGCUGGGGCUGAACGCGCUGACCAAGCACGUGUCGCCACUCAUAGGACGCUUCGUGCCCUUUGCUGCCGUGGCUGCUGCCAAUUGUAUUAACAUCCCGCUGAUGCGUCAAAGGGAGCUCAAAGCUGGCAUUCCAGUCACCGACGACAACGGGAACCGCUUGGGCGAGUCAGCGACCGCAGCACAGCAGGCCAUCUCCCAGGUGGUCAUCUCCAGGAUUCUCAUGGCGGCCCCCGGCAUGGCCAUCCCUCCAUUUAUCAUGAACACUCUGGAGAAGAAGGCCUUCCUGAAGUCCCUGCCCUUCUCCCUUUACUUUGACCCUCCUGCUGUUCCUCUUCGCUGGAGGAGUCUCCGUGGGGACCAGGAGGUUCCCGUGGCUGAGCGCACCCAUCCAAGUUGGCCUCGUGGGCUUCUGCUUGGUGUUUGCCACGCCCCUGUGCUGUGCCCUGUUUCCUCAGAAAAGUUCCAUGAGUGUGACAGGCUUGGAGGCUGAGCUGCGAGCCAAGAUCCAAGAGAGCCAUCCUGAGCUGCAGCGCGUGUACUUUAACAAGGGACUGUAAAGUAGGGACGGAAACCUCGACAGCUGAUCCUGCCCGCUGCAAGCCCUGUGUAGCCGUGUCGUGAGGAAGGUCCGGUCAGCCUGGGUUCCGGCUUCUCCAAACUCCACGUUAGCCUUUAAGAAUAAAGCUGCUGCUGAGGACGCUGCCUGUGGUGUGAGCCAGUGGCCUGACACCUGUCGGCUCCCUCACGUUUGAAUCAUGAUGACUUAGAGAACACCCCCCUGUAGCUUUCACAGUGACUGCUUCUCAAAGACAAUACCCCGCCUUGUGCCAAGGGUUUUAAAAAGGUACUGCUAGGCGUAGAGUAGGCACUUAGGAUAGGCUUGGUAGAUAUUUAUAGAUGCUCAGUCAGCGCAAAGGUGAUCCAAAGCAUCAAGUGUCAUUCCCACUCUGUUUCCAUCCAGGAGAUCCCAGCAGUGACCUGGGAAGGCAGAAGUCCCAGGCAGAGUACCCUCAGUACUAAGGGAGCGCUGCUUCCUUCCUGUGUGCCAGAGGGCAAGGGGGAAGUAGGUGGUGCAGAUCUUGGAACUUUAGGUAAAGGCUCCUUCACAGACUCCGGAAGUAGAGCCCCAGGUGGGGCAUCUCACCCCCCACCACCGACAGUUAGGUACAUCCAUAUUGUCGGUGCAUUUUCUUUAUUGCAUUUUAUUCUUAUAAACAUGUUGAUUUUACUUUGCAGUUGUUGGCUUUAUAUUCAGUUAUUUCCAUCAUAUGAUCAAGCAGCUUAACCAUAGCAAAUGUCUCAUUUUGGAAGUGUGUUCUGUGCCUGGGCUAUGUGACAGCAUGAAUCUGGUUGGCUGGUUUCCUAGAAGUGACAGUCCCCUUCCCUGCGUGGCUCACCCUGCCAUCCUUGUAGACCUCUGUGGCUUUCAGAAAGAUACAGAGUUAACAUGUGCAUAAAUCAGUAACUGUGAGUUUUACUUGACUAUGGUACCUACAUUCCUUCCUGUUUGAAAAGGCUGGACCGCGGGCCGCUGUUUACAUCACGGUAGUGAUUUCUAUCAUUCCCAUCGAGUCUGUAAUGUAACCGAUGAUUUCCAGUCUGUAGAUAUUCACCAAGGCACCUGUUCAUCAAUGUACUUCAAUGUCAUUGUAAUUCAGAGAUUUGUGAGUGUAAAAAAAUAUUUAGAAACGAUUUACUUUUGAUGGGCCCUUUCUCCUGACAGUGUGUGCAAACAGUUUCUUGAUAAAGAAAAGCUGCGGUGCCUUGUGUCUGUGUUCCUCUUUUCUCUGAAAGGUUGAGCAGAUCCAAAGCUCUGACUUCCCUGGUGCCGCUAGAAUCUCCUGCUUGAGGAUUUGCUGUCACAGCAAAACGCUUCCCCAUGGCAUUCUGGUCUUGGGCAGACUUUCAACCCUCAAUGCUUCUCUCUCAAAAGCAACAAAAAGCCUGAGAUUCCAGGCAGAUCUCCGUGCCAUGAAAGCGCUGUUGGUAAGAAGCCGAGGCCUCCAGGCUGUGCCCGCUCCUCUCAGUCCAACCCCCAGCUAGCCCAGCGCCGGCAGAGCCUGCACUCUGUGACGGUCCAGCAACCGGCUGCAAGCCUGCCGGCUCCCGAGAAUGGGCACACACUGGGGGGACACAGCCAAACCACUGGGGAACGGCACCACAAAGCUGAGGCUUGUCCUUUUAAGCCUGGAUAUUGAGGCUUCAGACUCUUAAUGCUUCUAUGUAGAAAUAUUAACUGUAUGGUUUAAUCACUUUUUAUAAAAAAAGAACAAAUGAACCCAUCUUUUAGGAAUACCUUUUCUGAAGGAAACAAUCCACAUGAAAUGCAAUAAGCUUAUUAUGGUAAACAGUUAAUUUCCGUGGACAAGGUGUAGAGUCAGGAUGGUGAGCUGUCACCGACUGGCAGUUACCGUUUCAGUGUUAGCCCAGAGUCUUGCCCGUGUUGGAGUCAAUGUAUUAUUUCAGUUCAACUGAUCAAAACGUUAAAUAAACUCAGAAUGAAAAUAAA